AUGAUUUAUCCAGAUCCAUGUAAUCCUAACCCGUGUGAGAAUGGAGGCACCUGUAAACCCAACAGUGAUGAAAUGGACUACAGUUGUGAAUGUUUGACUGGGUUUGGCAAUAAAACCUGUUCAGAAAUGGACUUUUGUAAAUAUCCAGAGGAUGGAAACAACGGAGAAAAGGCUUGUAAUGGAGUCACAUGCGAAAGUAUUGAUGAUCUCAAAACCUUCGUUUGCCAAUGUGAUGAAUCCCAGUAUUUCGACUACUCCAAUUUUCGCUGUACUGAUAUAGAUCCUUGUAAAUGGAAAUUAUGUGAUGGAAGGCGAAAGUGUGUAAUAAAAGACGACAAUGUAACUUGUGAGUGUAAGGAAGAGUACACAGAAGACGACGGUAAAUGCAAACGUAAGAAUAGUAAACUCAAAGACGAAGUUUUUUUGUGUGUGUGUGUGUGA